UUUGGCGCAUACGGCAUACGCGCACGUUGCCCACACUAUAUUACAGAUUAGCAGCCGCUUUUCCUGGCAAACUUCUAACCUAUUUUCUGCCGUAACAGCCCAGUAGAUCAGUUGUUCUUUUCUUCGUAUACACACAUCGGGCCAGUGGUAUAUAUUUUUAAAACGAGGAUUCAUCAUAGAAAAGUCAAAGGUCUCUGCGAUGGAGACGCAGAAAUCGGCCGGCAAGAAUGGCAAAAGUAAAAAGAAAGGCAAAAGCGCGGAGGGUUCCAAGGAGGAGGACUACGAUUCCGAGAGUUCCAAGGUAGACAACAACAAGAAGCCGAUUCUCGAGGACUCGGAGAAGAGCGACAAGGAGCAGGAGAGUACAAAUUUGAAAAAAGGUGCUAAGAGAAAAAAGAAGUCGAAAAAGCCUGCCGCGGCCAAGGGGCAGGAGGCUAACGCGCGGAAAAGCGACACUGAACCGGAAAGCUCGCAAGCGAACACUAAGACUGAAGUGCCAGUGGACACGGAACAAAGUGUCAAGCAGGACGACGAGAAGAAAGCUGAAAACGUCACGAUUAAGGAUUCCAAAAGUGAUCACCAAGUGCCUGAAUCAUUGAUAAACAAUGUACUGAAACACAGUGCUCCACUGCCAUCCACAACACCUACGGUCAAAGGUUACGAUUUCAACGAUGGCAUCAACUACUCGGCUUUGUUUAGGAGUUAUAAGCAUUCUGGAUUCCAGGCUACGAAUUUCGGCUUGGCAGUCGAAGAAAUUCUCAGAAUGCUGGUGGCACGUAGGAUACCUCUCGAGGAAGAUCAGGAGGACAACUUGGAAGAGGACGAAUUUAUCAGGAGGAGGCAUGGUUGUACAAUAUUUCUUGGUUACACAUCCAAUAUGGCAUCUUGUGGCGUUAGAGAGACUAUUAGAUUUUUAGCAGAGCAUAGAAUGAUUGACUGUAUAGUUACUACGGCUGGUGGGGUUGAGGAAGAUUUCAUAAAAUGUUUGGCGCCAACCUACGUUGGAGAUUUUCAUUUAGAUGGAAAGACUUUGAGGGACAAAGGGAUCAAUCGAAUUGGAAAUCUAUUGGUACCAAACGAUAACUACUGUCUUUUUGAAGAUUGGGUUAUGCCUAUUCUAGACAAAAUGUUAGAAGAACAGAAAAAGGGAGUGUUAUGGACUCCGUCAAAAGUCAUUGCGAGGCUAGGAGAAGAAAUAAACAACCGAGACUCCAUUUAUUACUGGGCAGCCAAGAAUAAAAUUCCAGUAUUCAGCCCAGCACUUACCGAUGGGAGCCUUGGAGAUAUGAUGUAUUUUCAUUCUUUCAAGAAUCCUGGCUUAGUGGUGGACAUCGUCUCUGAUUUGAGACGGUUAAAUACGAUAGCAAUGAAAGCCAUCAGGAGUGGAGUAAUUAUCAUUGGUGGUGGAGUUGUUAAACAUCAUAUCUGCAAUGCUAAUUUAAUGAGAAACGGUGCAGAUUUUGGUGUAUUUUUAAACACAGCGUCCGAAUACGAUGGCAGCGACAGUGGCGCACGUCCAGACGAAGCCGUUUCCUGGGGUAAAAUACGAAAAGACUCCAAAGCUGUUAAGAUUUUCGCCGAAGCAUCUCUAGUCUUCCCCUUAUUGGUAGCCGAAACUUUUGUGCCAUGGCUACAAUCCGUUAAGGAAGAAGUUAAGAGACCGACCGGAGAGGUUUAUUUCGAUUGUUGACGAAGACAAAAUUGAUUUUGCCGAAUAAAUUUCAAAUUUUUAUUAA